AUGGACAGGACGGGAGAGAGAGAGACGGCCUGGUUUACCCUUUACCUCCUGAACCUUCUCUGGGCUACAGCUGGGACCAGCACUCAGACCCAAAGCUCGUGCUCUGUACCCCCGGCACAGCAGUCCUUGGUCAGUGGAAUACAAGUGCUCAUGGAGAACUCUGUGACCAGCUCAGCCUACCCCAACCCCAGCAUCCUCAUUGCCAUGAACCUGGCCGGAGCCUACAACUUGGAGGCCCAGAAGCUCCUGACUUACAAGCUCAUGGCCAGUGACGCAGCUGACCUGAGCGUGGGUGAGCUCGCCCUCAUCAUCAUGGCUCUCACCUCCUCCUGCCGGGACCCUGGGACUAAAGUAUCGAUUCUACAGAAACAAAUGGAGAACUGGGAGCCUUCGAGCCCCAGCGCUGAGGCUCUGAGCUUCUAUGGACCCAGUCUGGCGAUCUUGGCACUGUGCCAGCAGAACUCUGAGGCGACCUUACCGAUAGCGGUCCGUUUUGCCAAGACCGUGCCGGCCAGUUCUUCUACCUUUGAUAUAGACACAGAAGCAGUGAUGACCUUGGCACUGACCUGUAUGUACAACAAGAUCCCUGUAGGCUCAGAGGAAGAUUACAGAACCCUGUUCGGUCAGGUCCUAAAGGAGGUUGUGGAGAACAUCGGCACGAGGAUCAGAGAGAGUGGCCUCAUCGGGAACAUCUACAGUACUGGCCUUGCCAUGCAGGUNNNCUCCGUGACACCCAAGCAACCCAACAAGGAGUGGGACUGCAAGAAGACCAUGGAUGCAAUACUUGAUGAGAUUAAGCAGGGGAAAUUCCGCAACCCCAUGUCCAUUGCCCAAAUCCUCCCUUCCCUGGUUGGCAAGACAUACCUGGAUGUACCCCAGGUGUCUUGCAGCCCUGAUCAUGAGGUACAACCAACUCUACCCAGCUAUCUUAGCCCUGUCCCCACCUUGGCAUCCAACAUCACUGUCACCUACACCAUAAACAACCAGCUGAGGGGAGUGGAGCUGCUCUUCAAUGUGACCAUCGAUGUCAGUGUGAAAAAUGGAUCAGCGCUGCUUGUGGUCCUGGAAGAAGCACAACGCAAAAAUCCCAUGUUCAAAUUUGAAACCACGAUGACAUCCUGGGGCCUUAUGAUCUCUUCUAUCAAUAAUAUUGCUGAAAAUAAUAAUCAAAAUACGUAUUGGCAGUUCCUUAGUGGCAAGACACCUCUGAGUGUAGGAGUUGCUGCCUACAUACCUUUCAACCAUGAGCACAUCACAGCCAAUUUCACACGGUACUAA